CCCAGACAUUCACACCCUGCUGGCUGAAGCUGGCCGGUGGUUCACAGAUUCUGUUUUCGUCCAAUACCUCCUCCUUUCCUUCCUUCCUCCCGACCCGUCUCAGCCCUUCUUCACUAUGCCGGGACUUCUUUAUCAGACAUGGUAGGAGUGCCUGACAGAUGUCCCAGUGGGACAGCGGGUCGGGCGCUGUAGUCCAGGGUUUCGCCAGUCGGUCUGAUUCCAGAGAGGCUGCCUUUCUGCUCCUCUUCCCCAAACCAUGGAGCCUCUUGCAGAGGUCCCGUUAUUUGAGAUGGACCAGGAUGAGGAAGAGGAACAGCAUGCUCUGUCAACGAAGAGCAGAGGCACAGACUCUGACACGUUCAUAUACAUGAACUUCAUGAAGAGUCACUUCUGCUACGAUGCCAUGCCUACCAGCUCCAAACUGGUCAUUUUUGACACAACACUGCAGGUGAAGAAGGCUUUCUUUGCUCUGGUGGCUAACGGGGUGAGGGCCGCUCCACUGUGGGACAGCAAGCUGAAGUGUUUUGUGGGUAUGCUGACCAUCACUGACUUCAUCAACAUCCUCCAUCGCUAUUACAAGUCUCCUCUGGUUCAGAUCUAUGAGCUGGAAGAACACAAGAUAGAGACAUGGAGAGAGAUCUAUCUACAGUGCUCCAACAGACUGAUCAGCAUCACUCCUGACUGCAGUCUGUUUGACGCCAUCUACUCCUUGUUGAAGAAUAAGAUACACCGACUGCCGGUCAUCGACCCGGCAUCAGGAAAUGUCCUCCACAUCCUCACUCAUAAACGCAUCCUCAAGUUCCUCCACAUCUUUCGAUCAAAGAUUCCUAAACCCAGGUUUCUUCAGAAGCGGAUCAAUGAAGUGGCGAUCGGUACCUUCAAACAGAUUGCGACUGUCCAGGAAUCGGCGUCUGUCUUCGACGCUCUGACCAUUUUUGUCGAGAGAAGAGUGUCCGCUCUGCCCGUCGUCAACGAGCAAGGUAAAGUGGUGGCGCUGUACUCCAGGUUUGAUGUCAUUAACUUAGCCGCCCAGAAGAACUACAACAACCUGAACAUGACGAUGCAGGAAGCCAUUUCCUCCAGAGCCUGCUGUAUGGAGGGGGUCCUCAAGUGUUACCCUCACGAAACACUGGAGACCAUCAUCGACCGCAUUGCUAAGGCUGAGGUGCAUCGUUUGGUUUUGGUGGACGCUGAUGAUGUGGUGAGAGGGAUUGUCUCUCUAUCUGACCUUCUACAGGCCUUGGUUCUCACUCCUGCAGAUAUUUACGAAGGAUCGUGAUGUCAGGACUGAGGAGAACCAGAGACUGAUCACGCUAAACACAACUAUGAGUUGGCGAAGAGAUUAAUGGUUUCAAUCCCAGUCCGGAAGACAAAUAUGUAAAGACAAAGUGAAAAUCAACCUUCUCUAUGAGCAGCAUUAAUGUGCCCUUGAGCAAGGCACUGUAUAGCAGAGUGAUGCGGCUCAGUGGCAGCCAGUAGAAGACUGUGGGUGUGCUGGGAAGCUACCAGUGACGAACUAUAUCACAGGUGUGGCUGGAAAGCAGCUUCAAACUGAUGAUCCAGAGACUUUUUUAACUGACCAUGACAAAUGCUUUAUAUUUGAUUUUUGGGGGGGAUAUUGGAGACUCCCCCAAAAGACGACCCCAGCUUUUUAAAACCUAUAUUUACACCUGUUGUUACCCAGGAACCUCUAGUAGUCGUAGUAGUUAUCACAGGAGAAGAGGAGGAAGUCAGGUGACGUAGUAUAAAGAGUGUCAAAGUCGGCGUAGAGAGGAGGUCGGGGUAUUUUUUAUGUUCAAGAGUGUUCCGCCAAGUCUCUCCCUACUGUACUGUGAUUGGAUAAUACUCCUGUGCUGUGAUUGACAGGUUAUCUGGUGAUGGCAAUUUGUUUUCCUCUGCUGUGUUUUAUUAGUUUUGUUUCCUAAAACUAACCAAACUGCGAUUGUUUCACAAUGUUACCCACAUUUUUAAAACUAUGACAACGCGCUGAUCUCCUGCCACCGGUGGAGGAGCUCAUUUAGAGAAAACGCUCCCGUGGGUGGCAUUAGAGGGUAGAAAGCUGGAACAAACAAUCUAUGAGGUCGUGUGGGUUGGAUGGAAAUUAAGUUGUUUAUAUAAUAUGAAAAAAAUAAGUUUGAUUUAAUGGUUUGCACUUGACUUUCUGGUCUUUGAAUGAUUCAAAAUUAUACAUUAAUGUCUUGAAAAUAUUGAAUCUUGGAAUUGUGAUCACAUUUUCGUAAAUGCGUUUAUGCUCUGUCAUCAUUUUCAUGUAAUUGUUAGGUUGUUACACUUAUACUUACCUACGAUUAAUUAGUGAUACCUUCACCUUGUUAGUAUAUUACCUUAUUAUCAUCCCUAUUCCCUUAUUAUUUCUGUUUGCUAAUAUACAAUCCCUUCUUAUCACACCUUUCGUUGUCUUCUUUUUAUUACCCGAUGUUACCCUCAUGUUGCUGCUCCAUUUUAAAGCUGUUACAGGAAUUAAACCACAACAUUACCACAAAUUAGUAACAAUAUACUAACAGGCUAAUACAUUUGGAAUUCCCUUGGCAUUACCCAUAAAUUACACUAUUGUUCACAUGAUAAUAACGCCUCUAUUACCUUGUUAUUAUUAUUAUGUUCUCCACCAUAUCAGAUUUAAAUGACCUUAUUAAAAAGUAAAACUAUAGUGUCUCUGAGGGUAUAUUUAUUGCAGUUACGGAUACACUUCAAAGCAAAACAUUUAUCCUUUUUUUUCUACAUAAAAUCUUUACUUUAAAUUGUGUUUUGUAGAUAUAUUGCGGUCCAGCUGUUGUAUAAUACAUGAGUACAUGAAGUCCUUCAGGUGAUAAGACAGCUGAUGUGCAUCUGGCUGAUGAGGUAUGACUGCUCUGUUUACCAGGGGUGGAUUUGUUAACUCUACCACUUUCAUACAUCCUGGUCACAUGAUAUACCAGGUUACAUGAACACACGCACACACACACACACACACACACACACACACACACACACACACAUUAGGUAAAUAGCUCUGACAAUCCUCCAUAUGUGAUCUUAAGGGUUUCUUCCUGCCAGAA